UUUCUGUCUGCAAAACGGCGGACCGACCGGCACAUUCGCUUGUUAUCGAUAUAUGUUGUUCUGCUAAAUCUGCCCCAACGACUAGUCUGCGGUGAGUUGCAUUCCGGUACGGUCGAUUUUCAAGUGCAAUUCGUUGUGACCCUUCGUCUCGCUUCGGAUAAAGUUGAUUUUUUUUUCUAUUGUUGGAAUAUUAAGUUAUUAGAGAUAGAAUCACUGCAAUGGCUGAGAUACCAGCGGUUUUGCAAAAGCUGUUCAGCCAUAUCGAUGCCAACCAAGCCAAAUACAUCGAGGCCUUGAGCGAAGCCGUCGCUAUCAAAUCGGUCUCGGCUUGGCCCGAUUCUCGUCCGGAGAUCUUCCGCAUGGUCAACUGGGUCGCGGAUCGGUUAAAGGCGCUGGGUGCUACAAUCGAGCUGGCCGAUGUUGGCAAGCAAACCCUUUCCGAUGGUCGAGUGCUCGAUCUGCCCCAUGUGAUUUUGGGUACCCUCGGUAAUGAUCCGGCGAAGAAAACUGUAGUGCUGUACGGCCAUUUGGAUGUUCAACCAGCCAUCCUGGAAGACGGCUGGGACACGGAACCGUUCGUGCUGACCGAAAAAGAUGGCAAACUUUUCGGCCGAGGAGCUAGCGAUGAUAAGGGACCGGUACUGGGGUGGAUCCAUGCCAUCGAGGGUUACAAAGCGAUUGGCGAGGAGCUGCCGGUGAACUUGAAGUUCGUCUUCGAGGGUAUGGAAGAAUCCGGCAGCGAGGGAUUGGAUGAGCUGUUGUACAAACGGAAGGAUGAUUUCCUGUCCGGUGUAGACUAUGUAUGCAUUUCCGAUAACUAUUGGCUGGGUACCGAUAAGCCUUGUAUCACUUACGGUUUGAGAGGCAUUUGCUAUUUCGAGGUGGAGGUCGGUUGUGCCGGAAAAGAUUUGCACAGCGGAGUUUUCGGAGGAACCGUUUUCGAAGCCAUGAACGAUCUGGUUUAUCUUUUGGGUACACUGGCAGAUAAGAACGGCAAGAUUUUGGUCACCAACGUUUACAAAGAGGUAGCUCCGUUGUUGCCGAAUGAACAAGCGAUCUACGAUGCGAUCGAUUUCAGCGUGGAAGAUUACAAGCGACAACUGGGAACCGAACGGUUGAUGCACAAUGAGGACAAAACUAAGAUUCUGAUGCACCGUUGGCGCUACCCAAGCUUGUCUAUCCAUGGCAUAGAAGGAGCUUUCUACGAGCCUGGCCAGAAAACCGUCAUCCCCAAGCGGGUGAUCGGAAAGUUUUCGAUCCGCAUUGUGCCUGAUCAAACGCCGGAUUUGAUCGAAAAGUACGUUAGGGAGUAUCUGACUGCCAAGUGGGCCGAACGUGGUUCCGCCAACAGUUUCGCAGUUCGUAUGGCUCAUGGCGGCAAACCGUGGACCGAAGAUCCAAAUCAUCCACACUACCAAGCUGCCCGAAUUGCCACCCAGCAUGUGUACCAAGUGGAUCCGGAUAUGACCCGAGAAGGUGGGUCGAUCCCGGUUACCUUGACACUGCAACAAACAACCGGCAAGAACGUCUUACUGUUGCCAAUGGGAGCGGCCGAUGAUGGAGCUCAUUCGCAGAACGAAAAGAUCGAUGUCCGCAACUACGUCGAGGGAACAAAACUGUUGGGAGCCUAUCUGUACGAAAUCUCUAAGAUUAAGUAAGGCAGUUUUUUUUUUAAUUUGUUAUCAAUGCCAAGCAUCACGAAAUAUACUAUAGCUUACAUCACUA